AUGGCGGCAGUGCAACCGUCAAACAACUCUGAGCUUCAGCUUUAUCGUGUUUUGCAACGAGCAAAUUUACUUCAAUAUUUUGAAACCUUCAUCACUCAAGGUGGGGAUGAUGUGCAGCAGCUGUGUGAGGCUGGGGAAGAUGAGUUUCUAGAGAUUAUGGCGCUGGUGGGGAUGGCGAGCAAGCCUCUUCAUGUCAGGAGGCUCCAGAAGGCUCUUCAGGAGUGGGUGGCAAACCCAUCAGCAUUUGAAGAACGGUCAAGCAGUCUUCAGGACUACAAAGUGACCCCAUCACAGUCGUCAACAAUUUCUACCUCCACUCCAUGGAGUUCACAGGCUAGAGAUGCCAGCCCAUCAGAUGGCAGCAAUUUGGAUGACCCAAGCUCUUCAAAUUCGCCUCCUGGUGACUUCAAAGACAACAUCAAAGACAUUCUGUUCCAGCAAACUGAGCCACCUUAUUUAAGUAUGAUGGGUAUGUCUCAACCGGUCUUGCUGGAGCAUCAGAUCAAUGCAAUAGCAGCUGCGGCAGCCAUGUUGGCUCAAGAGUUGCCUCCCUUCGAACCCAAGCCAAUGCCAAAAAAGCAGAUCAGCCGAGAUAUUGCUAAAGUUAUGUUGAUGUCCACCGAAGAUCCGACCCGAAUGGAUGCCAUGAGACGAUACGCUGCCAUCUAUGGUAGAUUUGAUUCUAAGCGUAAGAAUCACAGACCUAUGUCAAUGCAUGAGAUCUCGGUCAAUGAAGCAGCAGCACAACUCUGCAGUCACAUCCCUGCUUUGCUGAGCAGACGUGAAGAGUUGUUUCCCCUAGCACGGCAGGUGGUGAGAGACAGCGGCUACCAGUACUCGAAAGGUCACUCGAGGUACGAAGACCAAGGGGCUACAGAAAUUCUCUUACAACCCAAACAAGAGCAAGGUGAAGCUGUGCCAGCAGCAACAUCCAUCCUCACAUCACCCGUGACUGGAGAGGAUUCUUUCAAUGAUCUCCAGAAAGAACUGACCCAGAUCACUCUGGAGCUAACAGAACUUGCCAAAGAACAGAAUCGCAUUCGCAGUGCCCUGCGGGUGCUUCUGGAAAUGAAUGACCAUGACCAGAUGAAAGCUUUGACGGCUGAAAUGGACGAUCUUAAUGACAGGCAGACAGCAAUGAUCAAGAGGAGACAUCGGAUUGUUAACACCAUUGCCAAGUACCGAAAAGGUGGAUCAGACUUUUCUGCAGCAGGCGGUACUGGGAACAAAAUAUCACCAAAGAAUUCUCCGUUACAUGGUGUGCCUUUAGCCAAACCUGGCAAUAAAUACAGCAGCAGUUUCUAUGGUUACAGUGAUGAGCCGCUGGCUUCCUCCAAUCCACUGAACACUCUCUACAUGGCAGCGGUUCAGAAUCACAAAGAUUCUCUGUUUGAGGAGGGAUUACGUAUCGCCACACAAUACGGCAUGGCUGACUUUGCACAGGAACUCAUCGGCAUGAAGUCAACAAAGGAGGAGGGCGAGAAUAAAAAGGAUUCUGGGGUUAGUCUGUCGUCAGGAAGUAACUCUGCCUUUAGUUGUUAUUCCUCACCUGUGUCUGGAGAAGCUGUGACCUCCUCCUCCUCCUCCUUAGCCAUGUCAGGAAAUGGGAAAUUCAUGCAGCUGAUGCCGUCGUCUUCGGUAUCACUGUCACCAUAUACAGAUUCUGAUAUUGGUGUCAUUCAUACGUCUCGUCCUUUAAGUCAUUCAUCAUUGCCUGGACAAAUCAAAUUGGUGUCUGACAAAAAAGGAUAUUACAUGCACAGUGAUAAAAAUCUGGCAGUCGGCCUUUCUUCCUUUGAAGCAUCUUGUGUUAGCAAUGAUGAGUCAACAGACGGCUCCUGUUUGGAGGAAAACUGUGCUGCGACAAAAUCAAGUAGCAAACACAACAUUCCUGAUGAGAAUUCUGUUGCACAGGGCAGCACCACUACCACAACAACUAUCACAACGAAGUCUGGCCAGGUAAUUGAAGUAGAGACACGAAGGUCGAGCAGACGGAAAACUGGAGAGCCAGAUUAUUAUUUAAUUAAUGGGGGAGAGAAGCGUUUCCGAAGUGGAAGCAUUAGAAGAAGCAGCAGCACUUCAAGUGAGCGCACUAGAAGAUUGUCCUCCUCCUCAUCAGCAUCAUCAUCAUUAACACCAGCAGCAACUUCACCUCAUAAGAGCCACAAAUUGAGCUGUAUACUUAAUGAAGAUGUAUCACACAUUCUAGAGGCUCACCAAAACAGCAAAGCUGAAGACUAUGAAAUGACUCCAGAAAUGGCGGCAGCAGGUGAUGAAAGCCAUAGCAUUAAAACAGACACUGGGGUAGAUGGAGUUGACGAGCUGCAAUAUGAUAGCCAUGAAUCAGACAGCCAUAUUGUAAGAAGGAAAGGGAAGGCAUUUUCAGUAACAGGACAGAGGUUACAGGGUCAGACAAGAGAUUACAGUUAG